GUUAAAGGUAAUGAAUUCAUGAUUAUUAAGUGAUUUACUCUGAUAUAUGUUAUGGGUUAUCUUGCGCAGAAUCCUUUUACUUCAUUGAUUUAAUAAUAGUCAACUUAAAACCCCCUUAGUUAAGUUAUUUAACAACAUUUUGUUGAUUAGUGAACUCUUGUUUUUCACUUGAUUAAAUUUGCAUAAGACUCAUCAACAUGAUUAUCAGAGCCUUGAAUAGAUCCUCUAACGCUUGGAGGUUAAGCAUAAUACAAGUACGAAAGAUGCAUAUAAGUAAAACAGCUCGAUCUGCCAAUGUUUUAAACGAAAAGGCAUUUAUCAACGGAAAUUGGGUAAACGCCCUGAAUGGCAAAACCCUGGAAGUUUACAAUCCAGUGAAAGGAAACGUUAUUGGAGUUGUACCCGACAUGGAAGUUGAAGACACUGAGGCCGCAAUAGAUGCAGCAUUUAAGGCCUUUCAAACAUGGAAAGACACCACGGCAAAAGAAAGGUCGCAACUAUUAAGGCGUUGGUAUAACCUUCUCUUGGACAAGCAGAGUGAAAUUGCGGAGAUUAUGACUCUGGAAUCGGGGAAACCCUUGUCUGAGUCCAAUGGAGAAGUGAUUUAUGGCAACUCUUUUGUGGAAUGGUUUUCUGAGUUGGCUCGCCAAGUGAGAGGUGAUAUCAUAGCGAGUUCAGUGCCUUCAAAGAAAAUCUUGGUUCAACAUCAGCCCAUUGGUGUUGUUGGGUUGAUUACGCCCUGGAAUUUUCCACAUGCAAUGAUUACUCGCAAGGCUUCAGCUGCUUUAGCUUCAGGUUGUACUGUUGUCAUUAAACCUGCUGAAGAUACUCCGAUCACUGCAGUGAAAAUAGUAAAAUAUGCGCAAGAGGCCGGUUUCCCACCAGGAGUUGUUAACAUCAUUACUAGCAGUAGACGAAACACUGCAUCGAUUGGAAAACUCUUAUGUGAACACCAUUCAGUGGCUGGGAUAUCUUUCACCGGUUCCACUUCUGUUGGACGAAUUCUCUACAAGCAGUGCUCACAUGGCAUUAAAAGAUUGGGCUUGGAACUUGGUGGAAAUGCCCCGUUUAUUGUCUUCAAUUCUGCCAAUCUAGAGAAAGCAGUUGAAGGUGCAUUGACUGCAAAAUUUCGCAAUUGCGGGCAAACUUGUGUCGCCGCAAACCGAUUCUUUAUUCAAGAGGAAGUUUAUGAUAGUUUUCUGGAAAAGCUGGAAACUAAAGUAAAGUUGCUGAAGAUGGGUGAUGGUUUACAAGAGGGAGUUCAGCUGGGACCGUUGAUUAAUGAGCCCCAACUUCAUAAAGUAGCUGAUUUUGUUAAUGAUGCUGUUUCAAAAGGAGCUAAAGUUGUAACAGGUGGAAAGCCUGCACAGCAUUUCGGAAGACUUUUCUACGAACCAACUAUUCUAACAGGAAUUAAAAACAACAUGCUAGUAUAUGAAGAAGAGAUCUUCGGUCCUAUAAUCAGUUUGAUCAAGUUCAAAACAGAACAGGAAGCUCUAGAUAUCGCUAAUAGCUGUGACGUUGGUCUUGCAGGCUAUUUUUAUUCUGAAGACGUUUCCCAGAUCUUCCGAGUGAGCAAUAAUUUGGAAGUGGGCAUGGUUGGAGUCAAUGAAGGUCUAAUAUCCUGCGCAGAAGCUCCAUUUGGAGGAAUCAAGCAAUCAGGGCUGGGCCGCGAAGGCUCUUAUUUAGGGAUAGAGGAUUAUACUUAUAUUAAGUACACUUGCAUUGGAAAUCUCUCUUAAGGUUCCUGCUGGGCAAUAGUUGUCAGUUUCAUUCUGUUCCUGCGAAAUUAGUAUUUUAAGUUUAAAGGCGGAGUUUCUAGGAAGAUAUACUUUGAAAGUUUAUCUCAGAGGAAAAAAACGCAAGUUUCAUAGUUAACAUUAGACGCAUUAUAAUUUGUAACCCUUUGCUGAAUGUGUUGAUAUGGUUUUCCAGAAAACAGAUAUAUUAAAAUAUUAAGCAAUAAGAAGCAAUUUUGCAAAUUUGCAUCUAUUAAUUGAUAUUUACAUACUAUACCUGGUUAUAGAACUGAUGUCUUCCAAACAGUCUUCCAAUAUAAUAGAAUUAAAUCAGAUUUUA